AUGGCGAUCGGCACCGACGACCUGGAGGAGGCGCCGCCGCUCCUGCUCCUCGACGACGACGAGGCCGCCUACCCGCGCCCCCGCCGCGUCGCGCUCUUCGUCGAGCCGUCGCCAUUCGCCUACAUCUCUGGGUACAAGAAUCGGUUCCAGAACUUCAUCAAGCAUCUGCGCGAAAUGGGCGACGAGGUCAUUGUUGUGACCAACCAUGAGGGGGUUCCACAGGAGUUCCACGGUGCUAAGGUUAUUGGUUCAUGGAGCUUUCCAUGUCCACUCUAUGGAAAGGUUCCUCUCUCACUGGCACUCAGCCCUAGGAUCAUCUCAGAGGUUGCAAAGUUCAAGCCUGACAUCAUUCAUGCGUCCUCACCUGGAAUCAUGGUUUUUGGAGCCCUUGCGAUUGCUAAACUGCUCAGUGUCCCCCUGGUGAUGUCCUACCACACCCAUGUCCCAGUAUACAUUCCAAGAUAUACAUUUAGCUGGCUCGUCGAACCAAUGUGGCAAGUCAUCCGGUUCCUCCACAGAGCUGCUGACCUAACUUUGGUACCAUCUGUUGCUAUCAUCAAGGAUUUUGAAACUGCCCAUGUCAUUUCAGCUAACCGGAUACGCCUUUGGAACAAAGGCGUCGAUUCUGCCAGCUUCCAUCCCAGGUUCCGCAGCCAUGAGAUGCGCGUGAGGCUAAGUGACAGUGAGCCAGAUAAACCAUUGAUAAUUCACGUCGGGCGCUUUGGGCGCGAGAAGAAUUUGGACUUUCUGAAAAUGGUAAUGGAUCGGUUGCCUGGAGUAAGAAUUGCAUUCGUCGGAGAUGGACCGUAUAGGACUGAGUUGGAGAAGAUGUUCGAGGGAAUGCCGGCGGUGUUCACCGGGAUGAUGCAAGGGGAGGAGCUCUCGCAGGCGUACGCGAGCGGCGACGUCUUCGUGAUGCCCUCGGAGUCGGAGACGCUCGGCCAAGUAGUCCUGGAGUCCAUGUCGUCCGGGGUGCCCGUGGUGGCGGUCCGCGCCGGCGGGAUCCCCGACAUAAUCCCGGGGGACGCGGAGGGGAGGACCAGCUUCCUCUUCGCCCCGGGGGACCUCGACGACUGUGUCGGCAAGAUUAGGUUACUACUGACGGACGACGAGUUCAGGGGCGACAUGGGGAGGACCGCCAGGGCGGAGAUGGAGAAGCGUGAUUGGAGGGCCGCCUCCAAGACGAUCCGCAACGAGUUCUACAGCUCGGCAAUCGACUACUGGCGGAAGAAGCAGGCGGACAUUGUUCAGCCGCUGCAAUGGCUGGCGCAAAUGUUCAUGCCGGCGCCGAACCGGGUCAUCGGCGGCGGCAUCAAGCAGUAG